CCACGUUUUUGUCUCUCAGUCUCUCUCUCUCCAUCUGCUUGUUAGAUGAUAUACUCAAGAACUAUAAAGGAGAAUCAAAAUAAUCAUUCACUUUCUCUGUAUAAACAUCCUGGAAGAUCUAUAUGUUGACUACACUGAAGAGUAGUUGUUAAAGCGUCCAAAAGUUUGUGUUCACAGAGCUUGAGCUUACAGACAGUGUUUUUGGAGGAUUCUACAGUGUAAAAUGGAGACUGUCAAUAAAAUGCCAAACGGUCACCAUGAUAUUCCUAUGAAUCUAGAGAAAGAAUUUACCGGAUUUGAUGCCCUUGAAAACAUGGCAGAAGGUGAUCAGUUCCUCAGCAGCAAGAGCAAUGGAAAGAUAGAGACUCAGUUUACAGAUUUUGAGGGAAAGACGUCUUUUGGAAUGUCAAUUUUCAACCUCAGCAAUGCUAUAAUGGGCAGCGGAAUUCUGGGAUUGGCUUAUGCCAUGGCCAACACCGGGAUCAUUCUUUUUGUAUUUCUGUUGAUAACCAUCGCUUUGCUCUCUUCUUACUCUAUCCAUCUGCUUCUGAGGAGUGCAGGAGUGGUUGGCAUCCGUGCAUAUGAACAGCUGGGGUACCGUGCAUUUGGUACGCCUGGAAAAGUUGUUGCAGGAUGUAUUAUAACAUUGCACAACAUUGGAGCAAUGUCAAGUUACCUAUUUAUUGUGAAGAUAGAGUUACCUCAUGUCAUUGAAGGUCUCACAGGACUGCCAGACAACUCUGGUCACUGGUAUGUAGAUGGGAGAUACCUCAUCAUUAUUGUUAGUGUCUGCGUCAUUUUCCCACUGGCACUUAUGAAAAGACUUGGGUAUCUGGGGUACACUAGUGGCUUCUCCCUCAGCUGCAUGGUCUUCUUCCUCAUAUCUGUGAUCUAUAAGUGUCUCAGCAAUUCUGGUAUAGAUUCUGAGAGCAACCAAAAUGAAAAAUGCACUUUUUCUAAUGCAAGCAUGAUCAGUUCCACCACUGAAAUAAACGAAAUCAACUCCACCACUGAAAUAUGCGAAGCCAAACUUUUAACCAUCAACCCACAGACUGCAUUUACCAUUCCUAUUAUUGCAUUUGCAUUUGUGUGUCAUCCUGAAGUUUUGCCCAUUUACACAGAACUCAAAAAUCCAUCCAAGAAACAGAUGCAAAAAGUUGCUAAUAUCUCUAUUUUGGCCAUGUUUGUCAUGUACCUGCUGACUGCUAUCUUUGGCUACCUCACCUUCUUUGCAAAUGUGGAUUCUGAGCUUCUGAAGAUGUACAAUAAAAACGACAUCCUGAUGUUGUGUGUUCGACUGGCUGUGCUGGUGGCAGUGACACUGACUGUUCCUGUCGUUCUUUUCCCGAUCCGCCGUGCCGUCUUGCAGCUUCUAUUCCCUGAAAAGCCUUUCAGCUGGGUGCGUCACAUCAUCAUCGCCAUGUGCCUCCUGUUUGCCGUCAAUCUGCUCGUCAUCUUCGUCCCCAACAUUCGUGACAUCUUCGGCUUCAUCGGUGCAACAUCUGCUCCCAGCCUCAUUUUCAUUCUGCCAGGAAUAUUCUACAUUUACAUCGUCCCUGAGGAGCAGGAGCCAUUAAAAUCUCGACCAAAGAUUCUGGCGAUUUUGUUUGUGACCCUGGGGUUCAUCUUUAUGAUUAUGAGCAUUACUUUCAUCAUAAUCGAGUGGGUCAAUGGAAAGCAGUCGGUGGGCGGUCACUGACGGAGCUGAGACAGCGAAACAGAUUCCAGCACUUAAAGACCAAAUACAGCAAACACAAAAUGCUGAGCCUGAAAACAUGAUUCAGGUUCAGGUUCAUCCAUCAGAUAAGUCCAAAAUGAAAAAUGGUUUUCAGGAAGACUUUUACUAUUUUUAUAAAAGCCAGUUUUACUUGAAAAGUAUUGCUGUUAUGAAUGGAAUCAGAUGGAAUCUCCAAAAUGACAACAAAGGAUGGAAGACCUGUGAAACUACGAUGAGAAUCCACUCAUCUUUAUUGCCAAAGUUUUAAAGAUGCAGACUGAAUUCUACCUCCUACUAAACAGAGGAAUUUUA